CUCUCAUCUUCCCCCACCCCACCCAGCACCCCCAGCCUGCACAUGCUGUUCCCCCAGGAGGUCCACCAGAGUGCCCCAGAGUGCCUGGAACGCUCCCUCUCAUCACCCCCACCAGACGCCGGACAGCGCCUCAGCCUGCCGUCCUCUGCCAAGCCCCCCAUGUCCUCCUCCUUUCCGAUACCCUACGCUUUCCCACUGCCCCAAGCUACCUCACAGCCAAAUUUCUACGGUUUAUUCGAAGGCAUGUUGGAGAAACUUGAACUAAACGAUGAUGGUGUUGCUGCUGAACCAGAGAGUGAUAUUUACAUGCGCUUUAUGAAGUCCCACUGCUGUUAUGACAUCGUUCCCACCAGCUCCAAGCUGGUCGUGUUCGACACUGGCCUACAGGUGAAGAAGGCGUUCUUUGCCUUAGUGGCCAACGGGGUGCGUGCUGCCCCACUAUGGGAUUCAGAGAGGCAGUGUUUUGUGGGAAUGUUGACAAUCACAGACUUUAUCAUCAUACUACACAGAUACUACAAGUCACCGUUGGUGCAAAUAUAUGAGUUGGAAGAUCAUAAGCUUGAGACAUGGAGAGAAGUAUAUUUGCAAGCGACAUUCAAGCCUUUAGUGAACAUAUCACCUGAAUCAAGCAUAUUUGAUGCAGUGUAUUCCCUCAUUAAAAACAAGAUCCACCGGCUGCCUGUCAUCGACCCUGUGACGGGGAACCCACUUUACAUCCUCACACACAAGAGGAUCCUCAAGUUCCUACAGCUCUUUGUGCGUGAGAUGCCCAAGCCGGCUUUUAUGAAGCAGACUCUAGGAGAGCUGGGCAUCGGCACCUACAAGAACAUAGCCUUCAUCCACCCUGACACACCCAUCAUCAAGGCCCUGCAGAUCUUCGUAGAGAGGAGGGUGUCUGCCCUGCCUGUUGUGGACGUAUCUGGGAAAGUGGUGGAUAUUUACUCCAAAUUUGAUGUCAUAAACCUGGCAGCAGAGAAGACUUAUAAUAACCUGGACAUCACAGUGACCCAGGCUCUGAGGCAUCGCUGCCAGUACUUUGAGGGGGUCAUGCAAUGCCACAAGCUGGAUACACUGGAGACCAUCGUAGACAAGAUUGUCAAAGCAGAGGUCCACCGGUUGGUAGUGGUGGAUGAGCGCUCGGCCAUUGAGGGCAUCAUCUCCCUGUCUGACAUCCUGCAGGCCCUGGUGCUCAGCCCAGCAGAUGCCUGCAGAGAGGAGGGCCUCCUGGAGUGAGACGGGGGUCUACUGCUGCUGGAAUCACAGAGGCUGUCCUAAAAUAUAUAACUUGUAUUUUACAGGUAGCUGCCAAAAUAAAGGAAACACUUGAGUAAAUGAGGGAUACAAA